AUGCUGCGGCCUGCCGGCGUGCUGCUGCUGCUGCUGCUGGCUUGUCUGGCGGCGCCCAGGGCUGCCCACGACCACGACCGGCACCGCAGGGCGCUCGUCUUCGGCAACAACGGCGUGCUGCAGUUCACCUUGGGGAUAGGCAUCCCGCUGAACAUCCCGAACCGGCGCGCGUCCAUGGGCUACGCGCUGCAGGCGCAGUUCUUCGUGCCGGUGAACGCGUCGCAGCUGGAGCCGCUGCUGGUGGCGAGGGGCGGGCGGCGCGGCGCGCGUGCGCUCUACCGGCGGCUGGAGGAAGCUGCGGGCGACGCGCGCUGCCUGCUGCGGGCCGUGUGCCACGCCGCCGCGGAGCCGCUGCACGCCGCAGGCCUGCUCGAGGAACUCCUCACCCUGCUGCUCACUCCGUCCGAAGACGCGGAUGACGACGGCGACAGCGAGCUGGCGGAGUACCUGGCGGCAGAGCGGCUCGGGGCUUCCGGAGGCGACUGCGGAGCGGCGUACGGCGCAUGCGCCGAAUCCCCGCUGGACGCGUUCUCCCAGAGGAUCGAACCCUGGGAAUGGCAGGGGGACGCCCGGCCGGACCUCUAG